CUACAACUCCCAUCAUGCCCCGCGCGGGGUGGGAAAGCCGGAAGUGCUGUCGGGGGCCCCCCGGUCUCCAUAGCAACGCGCCGCCAUGGGGCAGGAUUACUACGCGGUGCUGGAGCUGGGCCGCGGCGCCACCGACGCCGACAUCAAGCGGGCGUAUCGGAAGUUGGCUUUGAAGAACCACCCUUUGAAAUGCAGCGAGCCCUGGGCCCCCGAGAGGUUCCGGCAGCUGGCCGAGGCCUACGAUGUGCUCAGCGACCCCAUGAAGAAAGGAAUCUAUGACAAGUUUGGAGAAGAAGGGCUCAAAGGUGGCAUCCCCUUGGAAUUCGGUGAUGACAACCCCUGGAGCGCCGGAUACGUGUUUCACAACAACCCCUAUAAAGUCUUCAAGGAGUUCUUUGGUGGAGACAACCCCUUUGCAGAAUUCUUUGCUGAGGAUGGCUCGGAGUUGAUCCUGCCCUUCGGGGGGCUGCGAGGCCGAGGAGCGAUGAAGCAGGACCCCCCAGUCGUGAGGGAUCUCUACCUGUCCCUUGAAGACCUGUUCCAUGGCUGCACCAAGAAGAUCAAGAUCUCCCGCAGGGUCAUGAAUGAAGAUGGUCAAACGAGCUCCAUCAAAGACAAGAUCCUGACGAUCGACGUGCAGCCGGGGUGGAGGCAGGGCACCAGGAUCACCUUUGAGAAGGAAGGUGACCAGGGCCCAAACGUCAUUCCAGCUGACAUCACCUUUGUUGUCCAAGAGAAAAUCCACCCAAGGUUUAAAAGAGUCAAUGACAACCUCAUUUUCGUCGCCACCAUCCCCCUGGGAAAGGCUCUGGUGGGCUGCACGGUGGAUGUGAGGACGCUGGAUGGGCGGCUGCUGAACAUCCCCAUCAACGACAUCGUGGAUGACCUUUCCAUGUGCCCCUGUGGGAAACAUUCCAUGGCAUCCUUCCCCUCUGGCACUGGAGGCUCCUGGAGGAAGGAAUCCCAUCCACCUGCUAAUGACGGGCUCUGGACCCAACUGGACAACAAGAAACCUUGGGAAUUUUAUUGACACACAAACAGUACGGAAAGAACUUGGCUCAGUUUAGAUCCAAAUCCAUUAUCCAAAAGGUUCCUGACCUAAAAACGUACAAAAAUAAUUUAGGAUAUAAAAUUCCGUAUUUCUAGUGAAAUCCUUCUAUACACAUCCAGGUAUUUUACAGUAUCCUUGGCCUGGGAUUCCAAACCCCCCCGCCCCAGGCACAUCCAUUCCUCCAGGAUCAACAAACUGUGCUUCCCAGCAUGUGUUUUUAGAAGGUCCCUGGGGAGGGAGCUCAUCUUCCCUCCCCAUCCAUAGCAAUAGGUCUCUGCUUGCUGAUGGGCAUCAAAGUUCUC